UUGGAUAUAAUGUGAAUAGCAUCGUGGAUAUGUCGCAAUCGACACAUUUUGAUUUCCAAUUCUGAGGAAGGUGAUUCAUUUGCUGGCAGCAGGUCACGGACACGGCGGGUAGUGCUGCGUAGCCUGUAGAUGACCACUGCAGAGAGCUAGAAUGCGACAGACGAAAGGUGGUUGUUGGAAUCUUUUUCGGUCCCAGUUUGAUGCGGACUGUGUGUAUUACACUAUGCAGCAUUACUUUAAAUAAGACACUCACUAACCAAUCGUGGGUCCAGUAGGUGAGAGAAGCAAAGGAGAGCACCAUGGCUGUCUUUAAGACUGAAAACGUGGAAGAUCUCUAUGAGAUUGGAGAAGUACUUGGAUGUGGUCACUUCGGUCAGGUGCGGUCUGUGCGUGAGCGGGCCACUGACACCUAUUGGGCCGGAAAGUUCCUGAAGAUCCGUAAGAGUCCCUGCAGCCGUCUGGGUAUGGACAGGAAGAGCGUGGAAAAGGAGGUCGAGAUCCUCCAGACCUUGCAGCACAGCAACAUCAUGGCCCUGAGGGACGUGUUCGAGAGCCGCGCAGAGGUGGUGCUCAUCCUGGAACUUAUUAAUGGUGGAGAGUUAUUUGACUUCAUUGCGGAAAAGGAGAAUCUCACUGAGAGUGAUGCCAUUCAGUUCAUGAAGCAGAUUCUGGAAGGUGUGGGAUACAUGCACAGCAAAAACAUUGGUCAUUUUGACCUCAAGCCGGAAAAUAUCAUGCUGUCCGACAAGAUGGCCCCACACCCUGACAUAAAGAUAAUUGACUUUGGACUGGCCCACCACUUUAUGCCAGGGGAGGAGUACAAGAGCAUGAGUGGCACCCCUCAGUACAUUCCCCCUGAGGUUAUCAACUAUGACCCUCUGAACACAGCUUUAGACAUGUGGAGCAUUGGAGUGAUAACCUACAUUGUCCUGAGUGGUACAUCUCCGUUCCAAGGAGACACUGAUGAAGAGACACUGAAGAACAUCAUAGCCAUGAACUAUGAUUUCCAUGACCGCCAUUUCACAACCACCAGCCCAAUGGCCAAAGAUUUCAUCCAGAAGCUUCUCGUGAAAGAGCAAAGUGAGAGAAUGACAGCUGAAGAGAGUCUGCUUCAUCCCUGGAUCAAGCCACUCACACGAACACAGGUGGCUAACAGAAACCGUUCUUCUAUCAACAUAAAAAACUUCAAAAGGUUCAAUGCCAAGAGGAAGUGGAAAAUGUCCUAUAAUAUGGUGUCCAUGUGCAACCACCUGAGUCGGCUGAAGUUAGUGCAUAAGAAAGGCACAUUGGGUGAUGAAGAUUUGAGACAGUGUGAGAGUGACCAGGAGGACACUGAGACCAAACCAGCCUCUCUUAUUCGUCGCAGACUCAGCAGCAAUUCAUAGAUCUAACCAGAAGGGGGCGACCAAGUACUACAGAUUUUAUUUUUGCCUUCACAUGCAGUGACACAGCCCAAACAUAUUUGCCCUCCCCUUACUCCUUUAGGCCUAGAGGGUAAGACACAGACUGACAGAAGUUUUGGUUACACCAGAAGGAAUUUGAAUUCCUCAGCCAAAAGUAGAAUUUUCCACAACGUGAUAUUCUACUCAACGUGAUAUUCCUCUAAAAGACUCACUCUCCUUGAAACUGUUUAACGCACACACACCAAAAUAAUUGUUGCACUCAUACAUUUCUUCAGAUGCAUAAAUGGCAGUGGUUAUCCAACAUGGAACUAAGAAACGCAAGACAAGUGGUGACUUGUUGAGUUGAGAGAGAAAAGGACACAUAGUUUAACUUUGAUGUGUUGAGAAAGAGGGACACUGAGCAUUACUUUUUCCUAGACUUUAGCUCUAUAUUAUUGUGGUUUAGUGCAUGUUUUAUGGUUUUGGAGUUGUAAAGGUCAACUGAUAGCUGGAGCAACAAUAUUGUUAUUACGGUAAAGUUACUCAUUUGAGGAUGUGCUGUACAGGAUUGAUUGCAUCUCAAAGGUUUAGGUAAAACCUUGAGUAUAUGCUGUGUUCACCUCUCAUGAGGAUUCAAAUGCAAAUCUUAUAAUUUAGUAGAUCUUAGUCUUCCAUAUGUUUUAAAUUAACGUUCCAAUUAAAACAUUAAACUUAUCAACUAUAAAUUUGCUGUUACUAUAAUAUUUUAUAAAAAGAAAAAAGCUACUGCCAUAUCAUAUAUUAAUUAUCCUGAUGUAAUAAACAUGUUUAGUAAAUGCUAUCAUACUACAUGCAUGAUGAAUCAGCCUUAAAUUUCUGUGAGAACAUAUAUUUUUCUUACCUGUUUCUUGAGGAAGUUUGAAUUCGUUUUGUUUGUUACAAUAAACAUGUAUCAUACCA